UGUAGAUCCGAWGAGGAAAGUUUGGGGUGGGGGCUUUGAAUCACUUUGGAUCACUGGCUGUAAGCGAACGAGGGAUGCGCGUUUGGGGCAAUACUGUCUGUAUCCAAGGCUCAGCCAAUCAUUCACAUAACAACACAAUUCAGCACGCAACUGAAGAGAUAAGAGACAACCGAGGAGAGUGGAAAGCCAUCAGUUUGCCAGUUAAAGUCCCCUCAACGAUAUCGAAGAGUUUUCAAAACCUAUGAAGAUGUCCAGUGAAAGCAGAUGAAGAAGUCUUUUGGAGUAGUGUGCAUAUCACUAAUUGUAUGUGCAGCUCUGUCAGAAACAAUUGGAUUAGUGAUUGCGGGUAAAGAGAAGCGAGGGUGGACACUAAACAGUGCUGGCUACCUUUUGGGUCCCCGUCGUAUUGAUCACCUAAUACAGAUAAAGGAUAAUCCAAGCGUAAGGGGGAGAGAAGAACUGCUAAGUCAAUACGGCAUUGACGGUCACCGCACUCUCAGUGACAAGCAUGGCCUUGCUGGAAAGAGAGACAUGCCCCUGGACAAUGACUUCAAAACAGGUGCCUUGAGAAUAGCUGAUGAGGAUGUAAUACACACUGUCAUUGACUUCUUAUCAUACCUGAAACUUAAAGAAAUCGGAACUCUGGAUACCAUGCCUUCCUCUCUCACAUCAGAAGAGAUGGGUCAGCCCUAGUUCAACUGAUCUCUUCUCUACGCCUCACCUGCCUACAAACAACAGUAUCUGUACAUUUCCCAUUAUACUGGAUACUGGUGUCAUCAUAACAACAAUAUACUAUACAGAUUAAUCACGUUCUUAUUAUAAUUUGAAAGAAAUGGAUUGAAUAAAACUUUUGAAUGGCAAAA